CCCUCCCCUGCUCUCCACUACUACAGCAGCCCAAUCAACACUCACACACACAAGUGCCAACAUGGCAGCAAAAUACAUCUACCAAAACGGAUUUUUAUUACUUUUAUUUAAUUUUAUAUCAACAGCGGCCUUGGAAAAACGAUUCUCUGACUUGAAGCGAUGCGCAGACGAGGAAUGCAGCAUGCUCUUGGUCCGGGGCAAAGCCUUGGAUGAUUUCCGUGGACCAGAUUGUAGAUUUCUUUCUUUUAAGAAAUCAGAAACAAUUUAUGUUUACUACAAACUGGCAGGCAGAAGGGCAGAUAUGUGGGCUGGAAGUGUUGGAAGUAGCUUUGGCUAUUUCCCGAAAGAUCUACUAGCAAUAAAUCACAUUUAUACAGACAAAGAAUUUGAAGUUCCAGCUGAGGAAACGGAUUUUGUCUGUUUUGAAACUGGAUUUGAUAAAUUUCAAAGCUAUGAUGUGGACCAUCUGUUAGGCUUUCUAAAGGAGGGCAGUAAAGAUCCAAGUAAUGUUACAUCAUCCCCUGUCUCACAGUCUAUACAAACCGAUACAAAGCCACUGGAGGAGAACAAUAAUAAUGUCCCACAUGAACAGAAUGCUUUCCCAAAUGAGACCGAAAUAGAGACCGAAUUAACCCCUUCUGAAACACAAGUAACACCCGACACUACAGUUAUGGGAAGUGAGAAUGAGCAGCUAACAUUGCAAGACUCUAUUGUUGAAGAAGUUAUAGCGGAAGUUGAUGAAACCAAAGAGGAGUCAUUCCAACAACAAUCAGAAGCUGUGAAUCUUGACAAGGAAGACGUUCAUGUACCUGUUACUCUAUCUGAAAAUGCACAAAUUCCUGAACUAAAAACUAGCUAUGGGACUACGUUUGACGCUAUUGUUACAGAGGAAACGACCACUGCAAAAACAACUCCAGAAGACAUUUUUGAAGAAGAACCAAAGGUUGAACCAGGGGUUGAACCAGAGGUUGAACUGCCAUUAUUAUCAGAAGACAAUGUUAAUUCAGUAGAUUCAAAACAAGACGAUCAAAAACCGGACGAGAGCAUGUGGUCGUCACUGGGAGACGCUGUUUUUUCAGUUGUAACGGGAGGAGAGACAACUAUGCAUGGAGCUGACGUGAGCUCUAAUGAAGAGGAUGAUGAUGAUGACGAAGAAGAAGCUGUACCACCUCCUAAGACAUUUGAGGAAAUAAAAGCUGACAAACAACCACUUGAUGUUAAAUUGCCAAAUUUGCUAUCAAAACCAGAAAAUGAACAAGAAUUUGCAGGCGAAGAUAUGCCGGUAGAUGAUACAAAGAUAAAAAAUACAGAGACUGAAGAACUUAUAUUUGAAAGUGAGGGUGAGGUGGUUGGCCCUGAUGAAACUACUUUGAAAAUAGUAGAUGAUACACCACAAAUUGAUUCAGUUCAAAAGGAGGAACCCUUGCCAACUCAAGAAAAUGGAAAAGUUCUUCAAACUCAAGAUACUAACUCAAGUUUGGACUUGGAUGAAUCAGCAGCUAAAUCAAAUGUAACUAAUGACAUUAAAAAGACACAAGAAAGUCACGAUAUAGUAACACCAGAAAAGCGUUCAGACAAAAAUGCAACAAAACUUGUCAACAAGGCAGACUUGCUCAAUUUCAGUAGUGUUAAAAAAGAUAAUAAAACCAAAAUUAAAGAGCAGUUAUUUGAGGAAAGGCAAGAUGGUAAUAGUCAAUUGGUUUCAAAAAAGGAAAAACCCAUAAAGGAAGAACCCAUAAAGGAAGAACCCAUAAAGGAAGAACCCAUAAAGGAAGAACCCAUAAAGGAAGAACCCAUAAAGGAAGAACCCAUAAAGGAAGAACCCAUAAAGGAAGAACCCAUAAAGGAAGAACCCAUAAAGGAAGAACCCAUGAUGGAAGAACCCAUGAUGGAAGAACCCAUGAUGGAAGAACCCAUGAUGGAAGAACCCAUGAUGGAAGAACCCAUGAUGGAAGAGGUCAUUGUUGAAGAAAUCGAGCCAGAUUUCAAAGAGGAGCAAACUGAAUUACUUGAAGACGAAAAUGCACUUUCUUUAUCACAAAUGGACAUGGCUGUUGAUGCACAACCUAUCGAAUCACCAAAUGUGCCUGAAAUCUCCGCACCAGAGGCAGAACAUGGAAAAGAUGAUCCAGUAAUGCCGAUGGACGAAGAUCUAGACACUCUUAAACCCAAUAUGGUGCCUCUGGAGUCCGAACCUGAACCAGAACCAGUCUACAGUGACGAUGUGAUGCGAUUGUCCAUUUUGAGAGACCACCUGUCCGAAGAGAAAAUGGUGCGUUGUCAGAAGUAUUUGAGCCUCAAGAAUCUUUUCAAACUGGAAGCUAUGUUUGAAGAUUUGGAGACAGAGCUGCAAGCCACACGUGGGUCACAAAUAGGCAGCGUCCAGGAGAUAGAAAACGCAUUGGAAAGGAUAUUGGAAGCUAGCGAAAACUCAAUCCUGGAUGAGGUGGAGAAGAUUUUGGACAGUCGGGAGUCGAAAUACAGUGCUGAUGAACACGUUGGCUCAAACAUAGAUGAGGAGACAGAGAUUCUAGAUGACUUCCAGGAGAUCGCCUUCCGUUUGAGGCAGAAGUACUCCACGGCUAGUGACAGUGCGCCUCUAGCAGACACACAAGGUGGUGGACCAGCUGACCAAGAAUUGAAUGUCAAAGAAGAUGUGCCUACCAUUGACAAAGAUGCAGACAGUGAAAACUCCACUGAUGCUGAGGAGGACCAUAAUGUCACAUUCACCCAUCCGGAGAAGCAGGUCCCAGAGACAGAGACUAAAAAAACAGAGGAGAUUAUUGGAUUAUUGGAUCAAGUUCACGGCGGAGUGCCAGAUGUGGGCAUGGAGGAGGACGGAGGGCACUUUAACAGGAACCAAGAAGACAAUCAGCAGAGUUUUGGCACAGGAGAGGAAAUGGCCAAAGUCCCACAGGCCACGCUGGAGAACCCACUGGAUAUGGGACUAGGAGUGGAAGUGGACAACUCGCCCUCAGGACCCUUGGAGUCCAUAGAGCCCCCCUCUGAGUUUCAUGAGGACGAAGUGGGAGUGUUCUCUACCGUGCUCGUUUACCUGGAGUGUAUUACUACAGUGGUCAAGAGAAAAACUACAGAGUGGGCUACCGUGAUGAUAGCGUUACUGCCCGAUGAGUGGAGGCCAGGGGAGACGUUGCUGGGCUGUCCCUGGGAGGCCGUGGUGGUGACCACUGUGGUCGGGAUCCUGACCUUCACCAUGUUCUUCUGGAGGACCGUGUUGGCUGUGAAGAAAAGGGAGUAUCUUGUGGAUCAUAAAAAACUUGAUGAACAAAUGGAGUUGUUGAAAAAGGAGAAGAAUGAAGCCUUGGUUAAAAUCACAGAACUACAGAAACAGUCUGAGCUGCUUAAAGAAAACCAGAAAGAGUCUGCAGAAUCGGCCACAGCAGCACUUAAAAAGAUGCGGGCUCUGGAGAAAAGAGUAACAGAAGCUGAACGUCAAAAUGAGAAAAUGGCUGAGGAAAAGCGGAGAUAUUUAACACAACUGGAAGAAGAAAAGACAAGCUCUCAGAAAAAUGAAACGAGGAUCGAAAAACUAGAGAAAUCCAAUGAAAAGCUGCAGCAAAGCAGAAAAAAGAUUCAAGAAGCACUGGCAAAGACUACUGUACUUCUGGACGAAGCAAAGAUCCGCGAAGAUGCCAGAAAUGCCCAACAGAAAAGUUUAGAGAAAGAUUACACAGCCCUAAAAGAAGAAAAUAAAUCUCUUAAGGUGACUAUCAAAAGCUGGGAGGAUAAACACACAGAAUUGAAUGAGAAGAUUAAAGUUUACCAGAAAUCCCAAAAGGAGCUAGAAGACUCUUUGGUCCUUAAAGAUCACAAUAUAGAGGUUUUGUCAGACCUCCUGUCAGACCUGGAAGCCUGCGAUCUGCAGAAAGGAGACAAAGUUUGUGCAAAUGGAGAAUUAUCUAUUGAUAAGACAACAGCCAUAAAGAACAGGAUCAAGCAAAUGAUGGAUGUUUCAAGGGUCCAGACCACUCUCUCAGUAGUUGAAGAGGAACGAGACCGAUUCAUGUCCAAACUACUCGUUGAGGAAAAGGCUAGAAAUUCAUUAGAAGAAAAACACCAGGAGCUGGAGCACGCCAUAGCCACCCUCAAAAGUGAGAAGAGCCUCGUAGAAACCCAGUACAAGGUUCUGCAACAGAAAAAUGAAAUCAUAGUGGAGAUGUACCAGCAGAAGGAAAGCGCUCUGCAACAGAGACUGACGAAAGAGGAGAUGGAGCGCCGCAGCAAGGAGAGCAUGCUGACGGAGGUGGGAGGGAAAGCCACUGAGGCAGAGGAACAGGUCCGAGUGCUUCGACAGCGCAUCAACGAGAUGGAGGAGCAGAUGAAAAAGACCGAGGAGAUGUACAAGGAGCAGAUAAAAGAACAGGAAAACAAGACUCACUCAAACUGGAUAACUGCAAGAAAUGCUGAACGAGCUUUGAACCAGGAGAAAGUAGAAGCAUCAAAACUACGAGAAAAACUGACUCUUCUGACGAGCCAGCUGAACGAAAAACGCGCCCCUCUCUUCAGACCAAACUCGGGGCAGUUCGCUGGACCUCGCCAGGGUGACUCUUAUGGACCAUCUCCUGUGAGUGGGGGAGCACCGUCUCCUCCAAUCAUGAUUGAGGGACCCAGGCGCCCUCCCUCCGCCCCGGUGGGUCGCAAAAUAGACCCCUUUGGUCCCAGACCGCCGUCAGAUCCUCAUGGGCGUUAUGCUGACAACAAGCACAUGUCUGGAAUGGAAAUGAUGGGUCCUCGUAACUCCUCUCCUGCCAACGUGGACGCCCCCAUAAAGGCUGAAGGGCCAGUUUCCUCAGAGAACCCAGAGCCUGGCCUCGGCUCGUUCAUCGCUUCUCCCAUCAGAGACUCUCCAGGCCUAGUCCCAGGCCCUCAUGGACCUGGGCCGCAUGACCCCCUUCUCCCCCCAGGCCCUCCAGGCCCCCCGGGGCGCCUGCUUCCUCCUGGAGCAUACCGACCGAUGCGUCCUGGGCCAUACCCCCCACCUGGACCGGGCAUGUAUCCUCACCCUCCACCCGGGCCAGGCAUGCCACCUCCUCCCCACGGGCCUCCACUUCCAGCCAACGGACACCCGGGAAUGCCAAUGGGAGGGGAAUUUGGACCCCGACCCUCCAACGGACAUGCUUUUCAGCCCAGGCCUGGUCCUGUCCCCAUGGACCUGCGGGGCCCGCCUCCACCACACCUCCGUCCUCCUCCACACUAUGGCCCUUUGCCUCCUCCACAUGUUCUACGAGGGCCCAUGGGCCCUCAUCCACCCAUUCACCCUGAUAUGCGCUACCUAGGGCCCCGGGCCAGCCCUCCCAUGGACCUGCCCCCUCCAGGUGCCAUUCCCCCUGGAGUCCCUCCUCCAGGCUCCCACCCACCGCACAGUGGCCCUUAUGGGCAGCCCCCUCCUGAGUCCCUCCAAAACCCUGGUGCUCACAGUAAACCAGGAGCAGAUAGUCCUGUGGAUGCUGUAGGUGCAGGUGGGAUAGAGCCUUGACCUUACAGUCGGUCCUGCCCAGGACUGAACUCCCGAGCCCAAACGUACCACCACAUGUAACAGAUACAGAGGAUCAGACUCUGCCCCAGAGCUCCUCAUUACAGACACUGAGAGGGAUGGCGUUGUACCAUGUGCACUAAUAAACCUCUCCUCUGGGAUGAUCUCUGCUAAAAUCUUUGUUUGAAUUUCUUGGGCGACUCCCUCUUUCUUUGCACCUGUCUAUAAAACGUGUGCAAAUGAAUUGAAUUGACUGUAUAAUAAUUUCACUGAUCGAAUAUGGACCUUGGCAGGAUUAUGUCUGAAGUAUAAGAGGGUAACCACAGCUUCAUGUGCAAUAACCACUCUUACAGAUUAUUCUCAUUUUAUCUUUUUAAUUGUAUAGAACAUUAAUUUUAAAGGGGCAAUUUUAAUGUCAUUUCCUGUGGAAAUUAUUUUUUAAGAAGGAUUUAGCUUGGAGCGUUUCAGGAAAACCGUACUUUCCAAAUGUUGCUUGAGAAUGGACUGUAAAACAAAUGUGCAACUCAAUGGCCAGAUGUAUAACUUAUUUUACUAUGUUGGUAGAAGUUUUAAUAAUAAAGAAUAUAAAAGAGA